GAUUAUAAAUCACUUUUAAGAAAAGCAACUUUGCAUUUGAUGAUGAAUGGAGCUGUAUGUGUUCUUACUGAUCUUACACCUUUUAGAUGGCGCAACUACAGAGAUACCUUACUGGAUUUCAUCGAAAGGAAACCGCUUAAGAAAGAGCCAAGUACAUUUGAAGCAAAGAUCAAGAAACAACGCAGAGCAUCGUGUGGAUACGCACACAGCGACGCUUCCUCGGAUGAAGAGCCCAGUACUCCGCGCAAAAAGAAAGGAAAAGAUGGAUAUACCGCUGUCCCAACUACUGAGCCUCCUGACCUGGAAGAUAUAUCUUUAGGUGAUUCUGGAUAA